AUGGCAGAAACUGAGGAUUUGGUGACUCCACAUGCAGUUGAUGGCUAUUUCUUUAGCGAACCGAUGAAGAAAAAGCGGCGGUUGGAAGGACACCAGCGGUUCCGAGCAUUCCCCUCGCCGGAGCAGAGUGCCCUGAAGGAGUAUGAAAGAUUGGAGUCCCGGACUAGGCGGGUUCUGAGCAACACUUACCAGAAACUUAUUCAGUCUGUCUUCUUGGAGGACAGCAUUCCUAAUGGAGUCAAGUAUCUCAUAAACAGGCUUCUUGCCUUAAUUGAAAAACCACCAUUGGAUCCAAUCUACAUUGGAUUAUUCGGGAGCACUGGGGCUGGGAAGAGCUCAGUACUCAAUGCUGUCAUCCAGCAAGCCAUGUUUCUACCAGUGUCUGGAGAAAGUACAUGUACUUCGUGUAUUGUACAAGUGAGCUCAGGGCACCGUGAGCAGUAUGAAGCCAAAAUCCACCUUCUCUCUGACCAGGAAUGGAAGGAGGAACUGAAGAAUCUGACGAAGCUCCUGCACAGGACAGAGGACCCUAGUGGAGAAGAGGCAGAUGCAUGGGACAAUGAGGAUGGUGCCAUGGAGGAAGCCAUGUGGAAGCUGCAAGUGGUAUAUGGAAUAGGGGCAGAAAAUAAGAGUUACGAGGAGUUGCUGAGAAUGAAGCCCAAAGCAAAGAUUCCUGCCUCCAGAGUCAUCACUCUCAAGGCAGAAGAGGCAGAAGAACUGUCUGUCAAGUUGGACCCCUACAUUCGAACUCAGCAGAGAGACUGGGAUGGAGAACCCUCUGAGACACAGAUCUGGCCCCUGAUCAAACUUGUGGAAGUGACUCUUGCUAAAUCUGAGCUGAUUCCAGAAGGGGUCGUGUUGGUGGACAUUCCAGGCACAGGUGACUUCAACAGCAAGAGGGACGAGAUAUGGAAAAAGACCAUCGAUAAAUGUUCAGUGAUCUGGGUGAUCAGUGACAUAGAAAGAGUUUCUGGAGGCAGAGCCCACGAAGACCUUCUGAACGAGAGCAUCAAAGCCUGUCAGCGGGGCUUCUGUAGAGACAUUGCCCUGGUGGUCACCAAGACUGACAAACUCCAUCUGCCAGAAUAUCUCAGGGAAAGAAAGAUGGGAAAUCAAGCUGUUCCAAGUCAGCGAGAGGCUGUUUUAGAACGAAAUGAAAUGAUCAAACUACAAAGGAACAGAAUUCUCAAGGAAAAACUGAAGAGAAGAUUACCGGCAGACUCCAAGCUUCUGGUAGCCUCAGAUCUGGUGUACACGGUCAGCGCACAGGAGUACUGGCAGCAGACUGUCCUCACUGAGGAAGAAACGGAAAUCCCCAAGUUAAGAGAAUACAUCAGAAAAAGUCUGUUGGAUAAGAAGAGGAGGCUGGUGACCAAGUAUGUUACUGACGCCUUCGGCCUGUUGCUCCUCACUGAUGGCCUCAGCUCCACAGAACGCCUGCUGAAUGACCCUAUGCACAUGAGUGGCCUACGAAGGUUUGUGGAAGAGAAGAUCGAGUUGCUAGACAAGGUUAUCGAACAGUGCUUUGCCCACAUGGAACAGCCUCUACAAGAAGGGGUCCAGAUAGCCAGGACUUCCUACCGGCGCAUCCUGGGGGCGUGCCUAGUGCGGAGUAAAGGAAACCAAGGUUUUCACCAGAUCCUGAAAGCUGUUUGCUUGAAGAAUGGCAUCUAUGCCUCCCGAACGCUGGCAAGGAUUGACCUAAAUGCAGCCAUCAUGCAGCCCAUCUAUGACCAGAUUGACCCUGUUUUCGGAGGUAUUUUCAGAUCUGGGAAGUCCAGUGGCUUGGCUCUGAUGCCUCAUAUAGAUGCUUUUAAGUGCUCCCUGCAACAGAAAAUGAUGGAAAUUGGGAGAAGAAAUGGCUGGAAAUAUGAUCGUUGCAAAAACAGUUUCCUGAUCCAAGAGAUAAGCACCCUUCUGGGAGGCCUGGAGGGAUACAUCUUAAGAAAGAAGGGAAGAAUCUAUGAGUGUCUCACCACCUCUGUUCAGAAUGACCUGAAACCCUGUUAUGAAGAGGCAGCUCAGAUCACUGGCAAAAAAGCAUGUGAGAGAAUGAAGGAAGUCCUCAGAAGAGGAGUUGACCGGCAGGUGGCUGAGGGCAUGUUUGAAAGGGCUCAAGAAAGGAUGCAGCACCAAUGCCAGCAACUGAAGAAUGGCAUCACAGAGAAGGUGAAGGGCAGUAUCGCCAUCCUGUUAACCCUCACUUCGUCUCAGGGGACCAGUAUCUACAAGGAGCUUGCAGAUGUCAAGUGUGAAUACAAGAAGAUGGAGAAGCUCCACCGCAGCUUGCGGGAGGCAGCCGAGAAUGCGGUGCUGAGGAGGGGCAUGCAGAGCUUCCUCCAGAGGAUGUCCCCCUGCAAGGCCAGCCCCUCCAAAACAUAG